GCGGGCGGGGGAGGGGGAAGGAAGCGGAAGGAGCCGCCGCGCUGAGGGGAGCAGGCGCUGUGCGGAGCCGCCGCCGUGCCUGGUGCGGGCAGCGCGCAGGGAGGGAGAAGCGACCCGAGCCGCGCGGGGCCCGGCCGCGCCGAGGAGCGGGCGCCAGUUUUCAAAGUCUUGUUAAUAUUAUGGCAUAAACUAGUGAAAAGGCGUUUGGAUUACAUCAUGGAUAUCAGCGAUGAUGACUGAUCUUAUUCGAGCGGUGCAGUGAGAGUCUGCAGAAUGAAAUGUCAGAAGUUUGUGUUUCUUCUAGUUUUGCAAUGGUUUCCCAGUGAGUGGAUCAUGAUGAACAUACGUUAGGGACUUGCCGUAGUAUGGCUGCUUCUCGAUCUACUCGUGUGACAAGAUCUACAGUGGGUUUAAAUGGUUUGGAUGAAAACUUCUGUGGUAGAACAUUAAGAAACCGUAGUAUUGCUCACCCAGAGGAAGUUUCGCCCCAUCCUCCAAUACGGUCGAGGUCACCAAAGAAGAGGCCAGAGUCUGUGCAAACUCAGAAGGGAAGUAACGGUGGAAGAAUUACUGAUUUGAAACAGCAGAGUGCCCGGGAAUCAUGGGUGAGCCCUAGAAAGAGAGGGCUGUCUACUUCGGAAAAAGAUAAUGUUGAUAAACAGACUGUGGAAAACUGUGAAAAAAAACAAGCGGAAGGUGUCUCACCGGUUUUGAAAAGAAUUAAGCGCUGUCUGCGUUCAGAGGCACCCAACAGUUCAGAAGAAGACUUGCCUACUAAAACAGAGAAGGAAUCAUUGGAGCAUAAAAGCUUAGUGUCGGACAAUGAUGCAGUCUCCACGGGGACUAAGCGAGCUUGUCGAUGUCUUGUAUUGGAUGAUUGUGACAAAAGGGAAGUUAAAAAAGUGAAUGUCUGUGCAGAAGGAUUUAAUAAUUCUGCAAUAGUUGAUGAGUUUGCAGGCUAUCAGACUGUCAAUGGAGUUGGUGAGAGAGACUCAAAUUCUCUUAACUGUGAUGACUGUCAGCUUGACGGGAACACUAAGCAAAACAGUGCUGGUUCCUGCAUGCCCAAGGACAAAACUGUAGCAGAAAAUGGAAACUCAUUUGCUCAUUCUUCGUUGUUGCUAAAUAGCAGCAAGGAGGACAGUGUUGUAGACCAUUAUGUGCCUUGCACAAACUCUCAAGAACAGGUAAAGUUAGAGGACCACAAAAUAAUAAAUGACUGCUUGCCUGAGGAGCAUGCUAAUCGGGCAGAUGAGCCAGCUACAGGGUCCUUUUCUGAAAUCCAGUCAUCUUUGUUAAGGGAUUCGGAGGAGGAGGUAGAUGUUGUAGGAGAUAGUAGUGCCUCUAAGGAACAGUGUGCUGAAAACACCAAUAGCAACCCGACUACUCAUCAUGACAGUGCAUCAAUCUCAGGUGAACCUGAACCACAUUCUUCAGUGCUGGACUGUGUUUCAGCUCAAAUGACAUCUUUAUCGGAACUUCAAGAACACAGAUAUACGUUGAGAACUUCUCCACGAAGGGCUGCCCCUACCAGAAGUAGCCCUACUAAAACUAACUCUCCUUGUAGAGAAAAUGGACAGGUUGAGGAAAAUAAUCUUAGUCCUACUGAAAAGAAUGUCCCUGUAGGUAUUAAUAAUAUCAAUGGAUCUCCCAAAAAGUCUGAAGAAAUUAAACAGAAUGAAAAAGAGAGAAAUAGUAAUAUGGGAGAUCAUGGGAGUGACGGACUAAGAAAGCCACUUUCUGAGGCUAGGCUUGUGGCUGGAUAUGUACCAUCUGCCAAAGAGAGUGCCAACAUCCACACUGCAGAGGAUGAUGAGGAAGAGCCUGAUGUGUAUUACUUUGAAUCAGAUCAUGUGGCAUUGAAACACAACAAAGAUUAUCAGAGACUGUUACAGACGAUUGCUGUACUCGAGGCUCAACGUACUCAAGCAGUUCAAGACCUUGAAAGUUUAGGCAAACACCAGAGAGAAGCACUGAAAGAUCCUAUUGGAUUUGUGGAAAGACUCCAGAAGAAGGUCGAUAUGGGUCUUCCAUAUCCUCAGAGAGUUGUUCAGCUCCCUGAGAUUGCCUGGGACCAAUACACCUCCAGUCUUGGAAACUUUGAGAGAGAAUUCAAAAACCGAAAACGUAACAGUAGGAGAGUGAAGCUGAUUUUUGACAAAGUAGGUAUACCUGCAAGACCAAAAAGUCCUUUGGAUCCUAAGAAGGAUGGAGAGUCUAUUUCGUACUCUGUCUUGCCUUUAAGUGAUGGUCCAGAAGGUUCUGCAAACAGUCGUCCGCAGAUGAUAAGAGGGCGACUUUGCGAUGAGACCAAACCCGAAACUUUUAACCAGCUGUGGACUGUAGAGGAACAGAAAAAACUUGAGCAAUUGCUUUUGAAGUAUCCACCUGAGGAAGUAGAGUCUCGGCGGUGGCAGAAGAUAGCUGAUGAGCUGGGAAACAGAACAGCAAAGCAGGUUGCCAGUAGAGUGCAAAAAUAUUUUAUUAAACUGACUAAAGCUGGUAUUCCAGUCCCAGGAAGAACUCCAAACUUAUAUUUAUAUUCCAAAAAGUCAUCAAGUAGACGACAGCAUCCUUUAAAUAAACAUCUUUUCAAACCUUCAACUUUCAUGACAUCUCAUGAACCUCCAGUUUAUAUGGAUGAAGAUGAUGACAGAUCCAGUUUUCACAGCCAUAUGGAUGCUGCAGCAGAAGAGGAAGUAUCGGAUGAAGAAAGUAUUCCAAUAACGUACCGGGAGUUACCUGAAUACAAACAACUGUUAGAGUUUAAAAAACUGAAGAAACAGAAACUCCAGCAGAUGCAUGCAGAAAGUGGGUUUGUGCAGCAUGUGGGAUUUAAGUGUGAUAACUGCGGAAUCGAACCUAUCCAGGGUGUUCGGUGGCACUGCCAAGACUGCCCUCAGGAAAUGUCCUUGGAUUUCUGUGAUUCUUGUUCUGACUGUCUGCAUGAAACAGAGAUUCAUAAGGAAGAUCAUCAGUUAGAACCUAUUUACAGAGCAGAGACAUUUUUAGACAGAGACUACUGCAUGUCCCAGGGCACCACUUACAAUUAUCUUGACCCAAACUACUUUCCAGCAAAUAGAUGACAUGGGAAGCAGAUCUACCAUCUUGGGCUUUACUAUCCUCUUUGAAAAAUAACAAUGGCACCAUUGUUAAUUCUGUGCACAUUUUGGAAAGACUCUGCUUUCCCUGAAAUGUCGCUCACAGCAUGACAGCUUCCUGGGUGUACUUGUCAAACUACAGCUUUGAGCUGUCAUGGUUCUAGAUCACUGAACAGCAGCCGAACAUUCCUAGUGUGCGGAAGGUUUCACUGGGAGACUUUUCUUUCACCACAUUAGUCAUUUUUAGGUGGUGAGUCUAAACACAACAGCAAAACAUACAAAAGGGGGAGCCAGAAAUGAGAGCACACAUUAAAGAUAGAGUAAAUUCCAAAGGCUUUGAAGAGCUUGGUUAUAACGAGAUCCAGAGGAGAUGAAGUAUUUAUAUAAAAACAU